CUUUCACUUUUCCUCUCAACCAAUCACCACCGUCCAUUCCACUUAGAAGUACCAUGACAUAUUCCUAGUUAAAUCAACAUUCUCCAAUGUGCAUGAGCAUCAAACUUACGGGAUGCAUGGGAUCAUUGACUCUGACACCCUAACUUGAGUGUGUAUAUAAAUGGUAAAAGCUAGGGAAACAAAAAUGUGACCACAUUAGUAUCAAAGUUUCUCUCUCACCUUGGUGAUCAUGGAGAAGAGUAGGUCAUUUCCAGAGUACUACUCCUGUGACUCCGGCGAGUUCGGGUUCGAAAACCGGCCAAACUCGUACGCAUUCAACGGUCCGAGCACGAAAGGUGAAGGGUUCGCGCCGUCGAAUGAUCCGGAGCUCAAGAGGAAGAAGAGAAUCGCGUCCUAUAACAUGUUCACCACAGAAGGGAAGCUGAAAUCGACGGUGAGGGACAGCUUCAAGUGGGUGAAGACCAAGUUCAGCAACAUACGUUACGGUGUGUGAGCUGCACACGAUUAAUCCUCUAUGGUUCUCCUCCAUUAAUCCCAAGUCUCACUCAUGAUCUGAUGAUCAUCACCCCUUUAGGGCAUAGAGUUUGUGGUCAUGCAUGGUUUUGUUUGAUGAUCAAAACACAUCAAGUGUGACGUGAUAUUGAGUUGUGUAUAGCUGCGUUGCAUGGGAUCACCAUCUAAGUGUGUGUGACUGUGUGUGUUUCCAUCAGGUUUCUUUUGGUCAAAACUAGUUGAGUUUUUCAUUCUUA